CAAUUAAAGAUAGAUAUGCAAGACAUAAAAUAGUACAAAUGAUAGCCUGGUCCAUUUUUGCGUAAGAAAAUAUUACUUGGUACACUUUCAAUUAAGCACAUAAGAAAAUCAUGGGUAGAAUUGUAACAUAUUGAAAUAUGAAAUAUGAUAAGUGACUAUGGAAGCUUAUGAAAUACUAUUACAGAAAUGUUAAAUUGGUGUGACGGUAUUUUGACGUCAAAAUGUGUAUUAACAAAGUUGCAUUUCUUUUAUUCUGGACUUUAUUUCUCUGUGUCUCAUCGGAACACAUAAAAGGCCAGUUUUCUACACAAGAAUUUUUCAAGUUCCUAGUGAAAUUUGGAUUUCAGAAGACAGAUAUACAUUUCCAGAAGGAAACAUAUGGAUAUAUUUUUGGAAACGUUACCUCCGAUCAACAUUUUAAGUAUCCUAUCACGUUUGCAGUAUUAGAUAGACGACACUUUAUUCAUUAUUAUAAGAAUCGUGACAUCACUGACAAGGAAACAGCUUGCCAGGUUAUGUUUCAAAAUUUAAACUCAUCUGCUUAUCAUCCAAAAUGUAAUACAUGCGGCCAGGAUUUAUUUCGUCGCAUUCCUUGUCCUGAAGGUAAAUUGUGUAUUGAUGAAGAUACACCUUGGAAUGUUGUCAAAAACAACCAAUUCACAUAUGUGAUACAAAACACAGGACAGCCUAGGUUCUGGUAUAUAUCAAUGGUGUCAUGUUACUUAGAUGAGGUGACAUGCUUAUGGCACCAUUACACAGGAGCACCAUCUGCUGACAAUAAAACGUUAACACAUGUGCCACAGAAUAUACAGUAUGAUUUCUGGCUUGUUAACGGAAGUCCCAACAUUUCGUUGUACAAUACAUUGGUUUAUCAGUUUUCAUUUGAUAGACAAAACACCCUGGAAUUGUAUCUGUUAUUCUGGCUAUGCUAUAUUAUACUGCUGCCUGUCCAGAUUUAUGCUGUCAGAACCCAGAGACAUCCAGUAACAAAAUUGUUCACAUGCAGCCUUUUAUUGGAGUUUAUUGCACUUUGUUUCAAUGUGCUACACACAGCAAAGUUUGCAAUUGAUGGCAUUGGCUUUGAGGGUCUUGCUGUAGCUGGUGAUAUUAUUGAUAUUAUGAGCAGAACAUUAUUCAUGUUGUUACUACUCCUGUUGGCAAAAGGCUGGGCUGUCACUAGAUUAGAAUUGACAUACAAACCUCUUGUGUUUGGUGUAUGGCUGGCGUAUGGGAUAGUUAAUAUACUGCUUUAUGUAUGGAAUACAACAGAAGUAGAUAUAAUAGAAGAGAUAGAUGAAUACCAGACAUGGCCGGGAUGGCUGGUCCUCACUCUAAGGGUCGCCAUCAUGGUGUGGUUCAUUCUAGAACUUCGUAACACUAUGAUAUACGAGCACAACAUCACGAAGCUCAAUUUCCUGCUGCAUUUCGGAGCGUCCAGUCUCGUCUGGUUCGUGUAUCUACCGAUCAUUGCCCUGAUAGCGCUGCAAAUCAGCCCUCUAUGGAGGUUUAAAUUCUUAUUAGGGAUAACAUACUCAGCCGACUGCCUGGCGUACUGCGUGAUGGCGCACCUUCUGUGGCCAACGCGCUCCGAACAGUACUUACUAUUAACUUCUUCAGAUUUUACAGCGAAUGUGGAAGAGCUGGAGGAGUUCGAUGAGUCGCCGCACGUGGUGCACGGCGACACGAUAGCGCUCACCUCGGACGGUAUACACGCGGACGAUGAAGAUGUUAUAUUCACGAGACCUCUAAAAAACGGAGCUACGUACUCGAAUCAUUUAGGAUAGAACACUAUAACUAUCGAGCAAUUUUAUGACUUAAUAUUGAGUACAUUUUAGUGAAAUUAAGUUGGUCCUUCGUGAUGUGCCACUUUUGAGAUUUUAUAUGUGUUUGUGUAUGGCAUUGUGGCUGAUCCUUUCACUAUUAAAAUUUAUGUGUAAAAUGUCUUUGUGUAAGAACAUGAUUUGUAAGUGUUUAGUGUAAGGAUUGUAUUUGAAUGUUGUUUUUUGAAUCACCAAGUUUGAAUAAGACAAAUACAAACUUAUUCGUACUUUUAUAUGAUUAGCCUUCAUAUGAACAGAUAAUGUUGGAAGGUUAAAUUAUGUCAUGUACAAUUUUCGUUGUAAUUGUGCGUAAAGAUUCGUAUCAUGCCGCGCAUUUUGCGAGGUAAAACAUCACUUUUUUAUAAUCAUCUAUUAAUAAAAAAAAACACAAAUUUUUGCUAAUAGCAACAUUUUUUAGAUACGAUUAUUUAUGCUCGAAAUGAGAUACAGUAUAAAAAUCAACUUAUUUCUUAAAUUUCGCAGAAUUAUAAAAAAAAUCCUUGUGAAUUAUCAACGUUUAUUUAGAUUUUGUAUUACAAAUCAUGAACAAACACUACGGAUCCAUGAAAUUUUUGUUUAUAUUCUUUAUCUUGUCACUAUCCUGCAAAAUUUAUCUAUUUAUCUCGUGUCGGUAUCUAGUUAUUGAAAGUGGACAUUAACAAUAACUUUAUCUAUUGUGUAAUAUAGAUAAUAUUUGACAAAUAUUUUCCCACAGAUUAUUAAAAUACUGUAAAAGUAGUUUUAUUAAAUUAUUUCGUUAUAUUUCUUAUUAUACACGAAGUAUUACUCAAUAUCAAAGACCUAUUUGCUUACGCGAAUAUACGAACAUUUUAAUGCAUUUAUUUUUUUUCGCUUUUAGCAUUCCAUUGUUGAUUGUUAAAUAAAAUAUUUUCUGUUAACUUGUAAAUCGAAUCUUGUUUUUACUAAAAUAAAGUUUAUUUUCUAUCUACUAUAUUGGUUAAAAUUUUUAUCCAUCCUAAAUUUUUCGAAUCGAAAUAGGACUGAUUUUAAUGACCAAAAUUAUUAAGUAAUCGGUAAUUU